AUGCAUCUUCAAAUUUGUUUAGUAAUUUGUUUUGCUUUGUUCCCUGUUCAUAGUCGUGAUAUUAGAGAAUCUGAAGAAAGUGUAUUAUCAGAGAAUUUAAUUUCUCAAAUAAAUUCGGCUCAGUCAACAUGGAAAGCAGCACCAUCAAAAUUUAUGACAUGGUCAACAGCUUCAAUUAAAAGAUUAAUGGGUGUUCGUCCAGAGCAUUUGAUGGAAAUAAAACAACUUAAGCCAUUGAUUCAUGAAAUACCUAAUGAUUUACCGGAAAAUUUUGAUGGACGUGAAAUAUGGUCAAAUUGCCCAUCACUAAAAGAGAUACGAGAUCAAGGAAGUUGUGGAAGUUGUUGGGCUUUGGCUGCGGUUGAAGCGAUGACUGAUCGACGUUGCAUUGCAUCAAAUGGAACACAAAAUGCACAUAUAUCAGCUGAAGAUCUUCUUACAUGUACAUCAGUUGGUGAUUGUGAGGGAGGUUCUCCAGUAGGUGCAUGGCAGUAUUAUAAACGUCAAGGAUUAGUCACUGGUGGAAAUUACAAUACAAAACAAGGUUGUUUACCAUACACCCUUCCUUCGUGUGAACAUCAUAUAAAUGGUAGUCGUCCAUCAUGUGAUGGUGAAGGACCGGCUCCUCCGUGUAGUCCGAAAUGUAUCGAUGGUUAUCCAAUACCAUAUGAACAAGAUAAAUAUUAUGGUGAAAGUGUUUAUUCAAUUGGAGAGAAACAAGAACAAAUUAAAACAGAGAUUAUGAAAAAUGGUCCUGUUCACGCUAUGUUUGGUGUUUAUGCAGAUUUUCUUGCUUACAAAUCCGGUGUUUAUCAACAUCUAGUUGGUCCUUAUUUUGCUGGCCAUACUGUUAAGAUUCUUGGCUGGGGUGUAACAAAUUCAACACCAUAUUGGAUCGUUGCUAAUUCAUGGAAUGAAGAUUGGGGUGAUAAUGGCUUUUUUAAAAUUAUUCGCGGUAGAGAUGAAUGUGGAAUUGAAAGUGGAAUUGUUGCUGGUGCUCCGAAACUUAAAUAA